CUAACACCGCGGUCACGCAGUAGGUCGGCCGGUAUUACCGGGCACGUCCGUCCCGUCCCGAGCACCGCAUGAGCGGUUACUAUGAACCAAUUUAGUUUUAACUAACACCUAGUAUUGUUUUAAAUUACAUAACAAUAGUGAUGUGCGUAGAAUAAAUUUAAAGUAAAAGUUUAAGUGAUUAAGUAGUUUAUUACACAAAAAAUACAUUGUGUAACAUUGUGCGUGAUAUGUAAAGGUAGUUUUUAUAUAUAAAAAUUAAUGCAUUCGGCGUAGUUUUCCUUCGAUCUAGACUUGUUAAAGAAAAUGUCUCGCAGAAAAUUAUUACUUGGCGGUUGCGCCGGGGUCGCCGGUGCGGCGCUCACAGCGUGGGCCAUUGCAGCUGAUGACUCACCAGUCGAAUGGUACAGGGCGUCGACAGUAUCAGCAAAGACAGAACGCAAGAAGCGUCCUCUUCCUAGCCGGACGGAACAAAUGAACAGUUUACAAGCGGGCCACACAUAUGACAUCCUUAUCGUCGGUGGAGGCGCUACGGGCGUCGGGUGCGCUUUGGAUGCUUGCACACGAGGUCUACGGACAGCCCUAGUGGAAGCAGAUGACUUCGCCAGCGGCACAUCAAGUCGGAGCACGAAACUCAUCCACGGUGGCGUCAGAUACCUACAGAAAGCCAUCAUGCAGCUUGACUAUGAUCAGUACAAGAUGGUGAAGGAGGCGCUGCAUGAACGAGCCAACAUGCUCGAGGUCGCCCCGCACUUGACCAGGCCGCUACCCAUCCUGUUACCCGUUUAUAAAUGGUGGCAAGUUCCCUACUACUGGUUCGGUAUAAAGAUGUACGACGUGGUGGCUGGAGAUAGAAACGUGAAGAGUUCAUACUACUUGUCCAAGAAGAAUACACUCGAAUUGUUCCCCAUGUUGAAGUCCGACAACCUCUGUGGAGGCAUCGUGUAUUAUGAUGGACAACAAGACGACGCUCGCAUGAACUUGGCCAUUGCUUUAACUGCGGCUCGGCAUGGAGCCACCAUUGUCAACCACGUCAGCGUUACCAAGCUGCACAAGCAAGCAGGCAAGCUCUGUGGUGCUUCUCUCAGGGAUGAAAUUACAGGAAAGGAGUGGGAUGUCAAAGCUAAAUGUAUUAUCAACGCAACGGGACCCUUCACUGAUAGUAUUCGUAAAAUGGAUGAACCUAAUUGUAAAGAGAUCUGCUGCCCUUCUUCUGGAGUACAUAUCGUUUUGCCUGGUUACUAUAGUCCCGAGCAUAUGGGUCUCCUCGACCCUGCGACGUCCGACGGCCGAGUCAUCUUCUUCCUGCCCUGGCUCAAAGGCACCAUUGCCGGCACUACCGAUCUACCGUGCAAGGUCACACACAACCCCAAACCCACUGAAGAUGAGAUUCAGUUCAUUCUUACUGAAGUCAAGAAUUACUUGAACCCUGAUGUUGAGGUGCGUCGCGGUGACGUCCUGUCAGCGUGGUCGGGUAUCAGGCCGUUGGUGUCGGACCCCAACAAACCCGACACACAGUCAUUAGCCCGCAACCACAUCGUCCACGUCUCACCGUCCGGCCUGGUCACCAUCGCCGGCGGCAAGUGGACUACCUAUCGCUCUAUGGCGGCUGAGACUAUUGACGCUUGUAUUGAAAGUGCCGACCUGAAGCCGCUGUAUCGCGAAUGUCAGACUGACGGAUUCCUCAUUGAAGGCGCACACGGGUGGACGCCUACCAUGUAUAUCAGACUGGUGCAAGAUUUCGGCCUUGAAAUGGAGGUAGCACAACAUUUAGCCAAGUCCUAUGGCGACCGCGCGUUUGCAGUGGCAAAAAUGGCCGCGAUGACCGGCAAACGGUGGCCUAUCAUCGGCAAGAAGAUGCAUCCUGAAUUCCCAUACAUUGACGCUGAGAUUAGGUACGGUGUCCGCGAGUACGCGUGCACAGCUAUCGACAUGAUCGCGAGACGGCUUCGACUAGCCUUCCUCAACGUGCAAGCUGCUGCCGAGGCCCUGCCCGGCAUUGUGGACAUCAUGGCUGAAGAGCUCAAGUGGAAUGAUGCUGAGAAAAAGAGACAAAUCAAGCUAGCAAGCGAUUUCCUAGCCAAUGAGAUGGGACAGAUGGUCAACAGGGCGAGUCGCGACAAGAUCCCGAUCAACCUAAACAAAGAGGAGAUCCAGACGUACAUCAAGCGAUUCCAGAUCAUCGACAAGGACAGGAAGGGCUUCGUCUCCAUCAACGACAUCAGAAGAAGUCUCAAGAGCGUGGGUCUGAGGCUAUCCGACGAUGAGAUAAGUGCCCUUCUGUCAGAAAUUGAUGUCACAUACAACGGUCAACUGGAAUUGCAGGACUACCUACAGAUGAUGUCUGCCAUCAAGUCCGGCCACGUGGCGUACUCCCGGUUCGCGCGUAUGGCUGAGAUGGAAGAGGAGCAUCAUGAAAAGGAAAAACUGAACAAGAAGAUCACCGUUGAACGCAGCGGCGGCGGUUUGUAAGCAAGCAAUAAAUAAAAGUCAUCGACACAAACUAGUUAUAAGAUCAACUAAUCAAUCACGAUAGUAUUAUUUUCCUUCUCGAAAGUACAAGUAAAGCUUUUUAUUACUAAAAAGCAUUAAGUCUCUGUACCAAGCACUUGGGUUUGAAUAAACUUUAUCAUAAAAUUAUAUUCGAUUUUCUGUUUUUAUUCUAGUAAAUAUUAAGUAGCACACUUUUUGUGUCAUUUGCACAACAAACCCGUAGAACUACUAAUUGGACUUGGUGCGGACACAACCGUGCCCCAAAACGAAAAAUAAUUUUAUUUUCUAACGAUUUCUAUAAAAAAUGCUACAAAUCGUAUAGCGAUCUAAAAAAAUAUAUAAUAAUAUACUCGUACAUAAAUUAUUAUAGGUAUAAAUUAAAAACAUUUUCGCGAUGUUGAUUGUGUAAAAAAAGUAAAAAUGAAUCUGUAAUGCAUACUAAACAGUAUCCAAAUCAUAGGAUACGGUAUUAUUGACCAAUGUGAUCCUUUGUUAAGAUGGUAUUUAUUUUCAAGCGUAGGUAUUGUAAGUGAAAACAAAUUUUAUUUUUAUCGUAGUUUACAGUUUUGUGAAUAUUUAAGUUUAUGUUACCCGAAACGUAUGAGAUAUUUUGAAAUUCUUUAUAUGUGUUUAUUGUGCAUAAUAAUAAAUUGAUUAUGAAUCA